AACCCGGAAACCAGCUUGUGUACCGGAGGAUGCACGGUGUCCUUGCCUGCCUGAAUUUGGAAUAACGUGGACUUUAAAACUCAACUUUGUGUUUGGUGGAGGUCACGGUUUUCUUAAUUCCCGAUUUGCCUGUUAAAAAAUGCCUCUCCAUAAGUACCCACCCAAAAUCUGGGAUGCCCUGAAACUGAAGCAGGGCAUCUACGCUCGUCUCCCUCAACACUACCUCAAGUCCCUCGAGCAGAAAGAGCCCACACCCGUCCACUGGAGGCCUCUGGGAGUCCAGUACCGAGCCAACCCGAAGACAGGGCUGAAGGAACGGGUGCAGGAUGUCCCGAUCCCCGUUUACUACCCUCCACACUCCCAGGAUGGCCUGUGGGGAGGAGAAGGCUGGAUAUCAGGCUACAGAUACGCCAAAGAUGACAAAAUGUCCACCCGUCUGCGGAAGACCUGGAAACCACAGCUGUUCAAGAGACAGCUGUACAGCGAAAUCCUGGACCACAAGUUCACCAUCACAGUCACAGCUCGUACUAUGAACCUCAUCGACGCUGCCUUUGGCUUCGACUCCUAUAUCCUUAAAACACCAAAGGAAGACCUGCAGUCCAAGCUGGGGAUGGACCUGAAGAGGGCCAUGCUGCUUCGCCUGGCACGAAGAAACACAGAUCUUUACCCCGACGACCCCGACAAAAGAGAAAAGAUCUACGACAAAUACAAGCAGUUUGAGGUCCCAGAGGAGGAGGCAGAGUGGGUGGGUCUGAGUCUGGAGGAGGCUGUGGAGAAACAGAGGCAGCUGGAGCACAAGGAGCCUGAGCCUGUGUUUAAGGUCUGUGUGGACCAACUGGUGGAGGAGCUGCACAUCAAGAAACUGCUGGAGCCACAUCUCACAGAGAAGGAGUGACCGUCUGAGACUGAAAAAUUCAGUAUGUUGAACUGUCAAGCUUCUCCAGAUGGUUGUGGGAGUCUGAGUCACUAUUUUCAGUCCUGACUGCACAGCCGGGAGAAUUUCUGCAGUUUCUGCUUUUAUUUCCACCUGGGAGCAACACGAAGGUGGAAGUGGCGCAAAAACGUGAAGUCAUGUUGGACUAAUGCUUAUUUAUUUCAGUUCUGGUUUAUUUCCUGUGACACAGGAGAGUCUGACAUAAUUCAGGAAUUGAGAGAAAAGCUUCAGUAUCACUGUAAAUACUCCCCAGACAGCUGCGAUGAGAGGCGUGUGUGGAGGAUACCUAAAAAAUUAAAGAUGUCUUUUUUCUUAAA